CUAAAAUUUAUACAAGUUUGGCUUUUGUUAUCGGCGCUCAGGAAUUAAAUCCGGACUGAGUGAACCGGGGGAGACGUUACUGACUCGCCUGCAGCGGGAUUUGCAGUAAUCUCAGGAAUCCUGACCCCUACUAUCCUAAUUCACCCACCACCUAAGACCCUAAGAAUACCCUGAGAAGGCCUCAGAAAAGUAAACAAUUGGUUUUCCAGUUGUCAACAUGGUCAGUAUGCCAGUGGAGAGAAUGCGCAUGAGACCAUGGCUGGAGGAACAGAUCAACUCAUGUAAAAUACCAGGAUUGAAAUGGGUCAAUAGGGAAAAGAAAAUAUUCCAGAUUCCAUGGAUGCAUGCUGCGCGACAUGGCUGGGAUGUAGAAAAAGAUGCACCCUUGUUCCGAAACUGGGCCAUACACACAGGUAAGUAUCAGCCAGGAGUGAACAAACCUGAUCCCAAAACAUGGAAGGCAAACUUUCGCUGUGCGAUGAACUCUCUUCCUGACAUUGAGGAGGUGAAAGACAAGAGCAUCAAAAAAGGAACAAAUGCCUUCAGGGUUUACAAGAUGCUGUCAGCAUCAGAAAGGCAGUCAAAGAGAGGAAAGAAGAGACUAGAUAAGGAAGUGAAAAUAAAGGAGGAGCAGCCAUGCCCAGUUUCCUCGGCCUGGGAGAGCACCAAUGGCUGCACACUGAGCCCUGAAGCAGUCAAACAGGAAGCAGAUUACUCUGUCACAGGUGCAGAAGUGGGUGGCUGCAGCCCCGCUGAAGACCAUUUGAUCAUUCCAGACGUGUGUCAGACCAUUGAGGUCGUGACAGAGAACGAGGAGCAGGCUGUGAGUUCCAGCCACCCUUACCCUCUCCAGAUCUCGCCCAUGUCCUCAUUUGAAGGGAGUGAUACAGACAGUGCACACAGUGAAGAAGACUCCAAAGAGCAUGUGCAAAGAGCUUCAUGGGCUACCCACAAGGACACAAAGGCAAUACUGGGCACCCACGUGAAUCGUACGUCCUUACCAGGCAUGUCCACUUUCAUCACCCCAUCCAAGCCCAACUUUAGGAUUACCACUGUCCAGGAUGCUUCGUCCUCAACCCUCCAUAGCCCAUAUGGUAGCGGGGGAACAUGGAACCUUUUGCCUCAUACUUCUUCACACCCCCCAGUAGCCUCCAACCAACCCUCUGCCACUGAGAAACGAGCCAGCGUCAUCAUGAAGACCUCAGAUGUGUCCAAGUCUGUCAAGAGUUGCUGAACAAUGACCACACUGCCUUAAGCCUGGCUUUACAGGCUGUACUGGACGGGAACACGGAGCGGAGAUCUCAACAACACUGCUUUGCCUCUUAUUGAUGAUGUCACAGCUGGGGGUCCUAGCUGUGGGUGAGAUAAGAAUCAGGAUACAGGGCUAAGUGCAACAUUUAAUGCUGGUCCAAACCAUUGAAUUCAGGGAGAAGUGUAGUAGAGUGACAGAUCUCAGAACUUUCCACUCAUUUUGGAUGUAUAUGUACAGGAGAGUCAUUGUCUAACCAGUGGCAUCUGCUUUAGCACCUUCUAGAAAAGCACUGAAUGAGUUCAUCUGUGGCCUUUUUUCUUUAUCUAUAGCACCACGACUGUCCAGCCACCAAAGAAAGCACUUUUAAAUCUUAAAAUCAGUCUUGGACCAAUACGUGUCAAAAGGGAAUUUUCUUAAGAGGUAGAUUUUCAGCUUUUUGCCUAUAAUGAAUCCAGGUUUUCAUUAGUGUAUGUUUUUAAGAACGAUAAAGCACUUAUUUUGUUUUUGUAAAGUAUUUUAAAAUAUUUUAUGCUUUCUACUGUAUGUGUGAACUCAGAUGUAUAUAUCAACAAAUCUCUACAGGGCUGUGAAAAAGUAUUUGCCUCCUAGAUGAUUUUCUGCAUUUUUGCAUAUCUUUUUUUAAGGCUUAUUCAUUUAUUGUUAGAUAGACUUGAGUAUAAAGAAGUGUCACAUCAGACUUAAAUAAAAUCCUCCUCACAAAAUGCUGAUUAAUCUAUUAAGUUUGAUAGAAGCUCUAUUCACUUCCAACCAUUUGGGUUGUAUAAUGCUUUAAUGAAAAAGCAGCUCCAAGCCAUAUUAUUUUAUCACAUGGCCACUGUCCUCUUUUAAAGAUUUUGGAUUUUCAGCUUUUAAUUUGCAAGCUUUACAAUCACUACAAAAUUUUCUAAAUUAAUGCCCUAUGAUAGCACGCACACGAGCCGUGUUUUAUUCAUCACUGCUCUGCUUGCUAUUGCUUUGAGUCUAUUAAAAGUAAAUUAUAGGAGUUUUUUUAAUGUUGCAAACAUGUGAUUUUGACAUGACAUUGAGCAUCCAUAAGAACCUAGGAACCAUGCUUUCUUAAAGCAAAAUAUUUUAUACAAUAUUUUAUUACAUAGGGAAGUGGUAGCUUAGUGGUUAAGAUACUGGAUUAACAAUUCAAGGCCAACCACUGCUGGGUGGCCUCACUGUUGCGACUGUUGGGUUUCUGAACAAGGCCUUUAACUCACAAUCACUGGUGUCUGCUAAAUGCCUUGAAUGUAAACAUAAAUGCAUUAAUUGCUUUUCGUAGACCAGCUUUGUUACUGUGAGAGUAUCAUAUUAGUGUCCGUCCAUAUCCACAUAGUUUCAUUUAGAUACUCGGUCUUCUGGUAUCAUAAUAGGAUUGUUAAUUUAAAAAAUAGGCUUGUUAAUUUAUUGUUAUAUUUUUAAAAUAAUUUUAUAGAUCUGAUAACACAUUAAUUCAGAACUAAAUUGUCAAGCACCUUCUACAAACUGUACUGUUAGUUGCUUUGUAUGCUCAAUAUUUCCAACAAUCAAGCUUCUGCACAAUUGUGCCAGAGGUCUAUUAAGGAGCACUCACAAAAAAUGGUGAAUCGACUUGAUUUCUUAACAAGUUACAUAAUUUGGUGUCUGGGACCAGUGAAUACAUAGAUCAAGUUAGCCUGACGUAACAAAGCACUAGAUUUUUUUUUGCUGUGCUUUGUAUCUGGUCAUUUUAAUAGGAAUGCUUGUGUUGCUGUGUGUUUUGAUCUUAUUUUAUAAUAAAUUCAAAGGUUAAGGAAAUUAAAAAGAAUCAGCCACCUCCAAGACUUGUCUUGUAACUGAAAUACAAGUCUGACAAAAGUCCGACUUUAUUUUUGCUGCCUGUACAAAAAUUUCUUUUCAUGCUACAAUACAGGCUGGUUUAACUAAACAGCUUAUGCAAUGUGAAAAAUAUUUGUGGAUUUUUAUCAUGCCAUGCUUAACUGGCAUCUUCAUCUGGUGAUUUUCAGCCAUUGCUGCUUUGACAGUUUUGACAGUCCAAUAUGGUUACAAUUCAUGACUGAUGUCCAGCUGAAUCCCAAACCACACCCUGUAUGCUAUGUAGCUUAUAAGAAUACUACAGGUUAUGUACUUAUUCAACUUGGCAUUUCAUUUAACUUGGCAGUCCAUUUCAGUCACAGCUCUUACUUAGCUCCAGCUUGAAGCACUAUUUUCUGACUAACCAUAAAACGUAAGGGUCUAACCAAAAGGGUCUGACUAGGUACUGACAAUGCACAGAAUGUGUUAAAUCUGUUUCAGCUUACUUUUGCUUCAUGGCAAGUUUGUUUGUUAUUUAAUCCAUGGACUUGUGAACCUUGGUGAAGCACCAGUGAAAGCGUUCAAUUUUUUUCUGAAAAAAACUAAGAUAAUUAUAAUUAUUAUCUAUUAGUGGAUGCUUAUUUUCAUGGUAUUUUCUCUGGAAUAAAAAUAAGCUUGCUUUUCUAAAGCUCAAUCUAAGCCUGACGUAUUGUUGUCUGUCGUCAACUUAUAAAGUAAAAAAUCCAGUUUGACCACACCUGGAAUCAUAAAGAUCAAGACUGACCAAUAAUUUACUUACAAAAGUAAUUGUCACUUUCUGCUAUAGCAGUUGGCAUUUACAUGCAUACAUGAUUGGCUGUGUCUGGGGGGAUGGCUGAGGCCCGUAAAGGAUUGGCAUCCUGUCUGGGGGUGUGUUACUGCCUUGCGCCCAGUGAUUGCAGGGAAACCAGACUCACUGUGUCACUGAUUAGUAUAAAGCAAUGUUAAAACAUAAAAAUAAAAUUAGAAAAUGCCAAUGUUAACAAACUUAAAGCGUCUAAGAUUUAGCAUAUAACGCAUUUAGCUUAGGAAAGAUUUCUGCCAUUUGUUAAUAGUUGUUAAUAGUUCAUUUGUCUAUUUUGUGUGUUUUUGUCUACAUCUAAGAAAGAUGCAUCAAGGCUUAUUGUAAAUAUUUGGGAUUACUUAGCAAGACGGAUACUCCCUGAACAUCUAUACAUCUAUACAUACUAAAACAUGUAAUGCAGAAAGUCAUGGGUGGCAGAUUUUUUUUCCACAUCACCUCUCAUGUUUGUGGCUGUGUAUGAAAGUGUGUUCACCUAACUGAAUGUGUCUCUAUACACAUUCAUGGGCUACUCAAUCCUGUGGAUCACUGACUAUCUAAUUAUGAGAUUAUGUAUGUAAAUAAAGGAUUUCUUGUUAAUAAAUGAA